AACGCUCCAUUUCGAAGGAAAACAAAUUUCUCAGAGGAAAUCGACUUUCCCGCGCAUUUGAAUUGAAAAUUCUCCGAUCGAUGGCUCCGAAAUCCGAUAGCACCGAAGCAAUCGUGCUCAACUACGUGAACGAGCAAAAUCGGCCUUUAAAUUCUCAAAAUGUGGCUGAUUCUUUGCAAAAGUUUAACCUCAAAAAGGCAUCCAUUCAAAAAACACUGGAUACACUUGCUGAUAGCGGGAAGAUUUCAUUUAAAGAGUAUGGUAAGCAGAAGAUAUACCUUGCCCGUCAAGCCCAGUUCAAUAUCCCCAACAAUGAAGAGCUUGCUUCCAUGAAGGAAGAGAAUGCCAAACUGCAGGAACAGCUCGAACAACAAAAGAAAGCAAUCACUGGGAUUGAGGGAGAAAUUAAAAUUUUGCAGUCAAAUUUAACACUGGAACAGAUAUAUGGCAAGGAAGAAAAACUGAGGAAAGAGGUCAAGGAAAUGGAGGACAAAUUAGUUAAAUUACGUGGAGGAGUUACCCUGGUUAGGCCAGAGGAAAAAAGGGCAGUUGAAGCCAUCUAUUCAGAGAAAAUGAGCCAGUGGAGAAGGCGUAGAAGGAUGUUCAAGGAUCUCUGGGAUGCUAUCACUGAGAACUCAACUAAGGAUGUAAAGGAAUUCAAGGAGGAACUGGGAAUUGAAUAUGAUGAAGAUGUUGGUGUGAAUUUGCAAUCAUUCUCUGAGCUCCUUCAGCAGGGGAAGAAGCGGGCCAGAGGCCAAUAACUUAAACUCGUUCAUCAACUCAGACAUGGAUUUUGGCAUUUCUCUGGAGAUAAAUCUGUUCCAGAUAUUUGUAGAUUCUUCAUCCUUGUUAGAUCUAAAUCUUUACUUCUGGAUCCUACAGAGUGAAUUUCACAUCACAUGAGCAUUACAUGCGAAUGUUUUGUCGUGAUAUAAAAUGGUGGAUGAUGCUUGUUUUUAUAGAAUUACCUUUGAAUAAUAGUACAAGCCAAAGCAUUGUCCUUUGAGCUGCAUAUUAGAUAACAGUUUGUAACCAUAACCCUUGAUUGAGCUACUUGUUUGCCUGUGGAUGCAUAUGCAUUUGCCUAUGUAGAUGAAUGAUGUUUUAAACUUACAUUAAAGAUAAAUGAAUUAAUGUUUUCGCUAAGUAAAUGGACAAUUUUUAUCACAUUAGUUGAGGCUGCAAAUUCAUUCCCAUUAAAUGCACCUUUAUUCCUUUGUGCCUUUGCCUGCUAUAUUCAUUAAGCUUGUUCAAGUAGUGUUUGAAUUCUGGUUCUAGGGAGUCCAUGCCUUGAGGAUAAUCCAUAUUUUGAUUGUAGGUAGCAUUAUCGUUAGGAACUUCACAAGUUUCUCCAAAAUUUUCGCUUCACAAAAACUUUCAAAAUCAUUACAAAACAAUUACAUUGAGUUUACAUCUUACAAAAAUUAACAAAAACAAAUCAAAUAAUAAAACCCAGCCUGUAGACUCAACCAAUGCUAUCAUGCGGCUCAACCAAUGCUAUCAUGCAACUCACCAAACUUACAAACAUUUAAUAUACCCAUGCUCUUCAGUACCCCCGCACUUGUUUACUCCUCACAGAAAAACCCUUGUUUAUGGUAAAGUGUUGUUUACCUUUCAUCUCAGAAC